AUGAAGUUCUCCAUCAUCUCGGCUGCCCUUGCGUCGGCCGCAACGGUCAAUGCCCAUGGAUAUCUUACCAUUCCGUUUAGUCGUACCAGACUUGGCGCGGAGGCCGGCUUGGACACUUGCCCCGAGUGCUCCAUCCUGGAGCCCGUGACCGCAUGGCCCAACGUUACGGAAGCCAAGGUCGGCAGGAGUGGCCCUUGCGGCUACAAUGCCCGUGUCAGCAUCGACUACAACCAGCCUGCGACCAACUGGGGUAACUCUCCUGUUGUGACGUACACUGCUGGCGACACUGUUGACGUCCAGUGGUGCGUUGACCACAACGGCGACCACGGCGGCAUGUUCUCCUACCGUAUCUGCCAAGACCAGGAGCUUGUCAACAAGUUCCUCACUCCUGGCUAUCUCCCGACCGAUGCGGAGAAGCAGGCUGCUGAGGAUUGCUUCGAGAAGGGCACCCUCCCCUGCACGGAUGUGAAUGGCCAAUCUUGCAACUUCAGCCCUGACUGCCAGCAGGGCCAGGCUUGCUGGAGGAACGACUGGUUCACCUGCAACGCCUUUCAAGCCGACAACCGCCGCGGUUGCCAGGGCGUCGACAACGCUGCUCUCGGAUCUUGCUUCACCACCAUUGCUGGCGGCUACACUGUCACCAAGAAGAUCAAGAUCCCCAACUACGUCUCCGGUCAUACCCUGCUCUCCUUCCGCUGGAACUCGUUCCAGACUGCUCAGGUCUACCUCUCGUGUGCCGACAUCGCCAUUGUCGGCAGCGGCGGCGAGACCAAGCCCUCCACCACCAAAACCACCGCCACCGCCACGACUCUUGUAACCAGCAGCAAGACAGCCAGCGCCUCUUGCACACCCGUUGCCACCGUCGCUGUGACCUUCAACCACCUGGUCAGCACCAGCUACGGCGAGUCCGUCAAGCUUGUUGGAUCCAUUUCGCAGCUCGGCAGCUGGAGCGCCUCGUCCGGUAUUGCAUUGUCCGCUUCUCAGUACACCACCAGCAACCCGCUCUGGACUACCACGGUUAAGCUCCCCGCGGGCACCAAGUUUGAGUAUAAGUUCGUCAAGGUGUCCAGCAGCGGCGCCGUGACUUGGGAGAGCGAUCCCAACAGGUCGUACACUGUUCCUCAGAGCUGCUCUGACUCGGUGACUGCUGCUUCGUCGUGGAGGUAGGCUGUUGCUCUUGAGAGUAUAGGUAGGGAAGCGGGUGCAGGAUAUCGGGGUGUCCGGUUGUAAGCUUGUCGAGUCUGAAAGGAUGAAAGGAUCUGGAUGCUGGAGGACAAUGGUGUCAGCACCACUUCUCUGUCUAUACUAGGGAUGGAGGUCUUGUAUAUAGAAUAUUUUCAUGUUCAGCUGUGGGAUGAAUUGCAUGCGCGGUCAAAUACUGUUGGAGGUUCAAUGUUCCACGGUUUAUACAUUGCGUUGUCGCUAUCAGAUACUAGUCGUGUCAAUGAGAUGAGGGUCUAACUCUCAGGGUGAGAAGUUAAUCUGAUAACUGUUAGUGUACUAACUAUAAAUUAUCAGCAGCAUCGGACGAAUGACGGGACAGCCCGGCGUGGGUGGGAU